AUGUCGGAAGCCAACUUCAACACACGACGCAUGCGCAUUGCAAUUACUGCUGCCUCCAGUGCCAUUGAUCGUAAGAGUAGCUUUGAGUCAUUGUCAGACAGGGACAUGAAGAAACUGUACACAGCCAUUGAAGAGACUAUGAAGCUUGGGCAAGAAUCGGAUGUCAAUAUGAUGGUAACUCUCACGUCGAACGCUUUCAUUUCGGAGAAAGAUGUAGCCUCCAUCAUUCAAAGUCUUCGGGAUGAUAAUCUUGUCUCCAGGAUUGUCGAAGAAUCGCACGAUCUUAUUGUCUUGAUCACAGAUGCAGGCAACGUUGUAACGAUUCGGUUCGUUAGUUGGAAGAAGUUCAUCGUUCAGCCUGCAAAGAUUGGGACGAUCGAAGAAGAAGAUGAUGAUUCUUUUGAGUUUGAAGAAGGCUUGUCCCAGCAGAUUGCACCUUUGAAGCACUUUACGCCCAACAAAGGCCGCCGCAACUACAAGUAG